AUUACUGUUCUUUCUCCGCCAAAAUGGCGUAAGAAUUGGCGCUCCCUUUGGAGCAGCUUCCUCGCUCGAAACAAGGAGGAGCCAGCUGACCAAUGCUGAGCCUUUCUUCUUUCUUCUUCUAAAUUUAGUUAAUCAAACUUAGUUUGCCAGUUUAAUUUUAGCAAAAAUGGUUGAGAAAUGAGAUUUUGUCUAAUCCGAAACCAGACCCACCCAUGAAACCACCAUUCUUAGCUCUCCUUUUUGUGUUUUUCCUUUCCCCCCUCAUUUGAUACAGAUCAUAUAUGUCUCUCUUGACCAUUUCUUCGUCACCUCUCUUCCACAAACUUUUCCCGAUUCCAACCAUUAUUUCCAUUCUGAGAUGAUAUUUUUGAUCAGAUCUCUCUUCCUGUCAUCUUCACAUUGAAUUUGAAUUUAUGUAGAAACACAACACAUUCGCACGGGCUCAUCUCCCUAAAACUUGACGAUCCUCGUCUGUAUCACCCGAAAUGGCGUUUUUUUCUGCGAAGCUCUUCUUCCUCCCCGUCAUUAUAUGGAUUUUUUUCAGGUAUACUACCAAGUUGGUGUUUCUGUUUCUGAGAUAUGUUAUGGGAGUAUCUGUGGAGUUUCAAGUCUCAGGAUUGAAAAGUUUGAGACAUGUUGUGGUGAAGUUAAAAAAGGGCACAGUUGAGAGCAUUUCAAUUGGUGAAAUCAGAUUUAGUGUACGCCAAUUGAUAGUUAAACUUGUCACUGGAUUUUUAUCCAGGGAUCCAAAACUGAAGGUGCUAAUAAAUGAUUUGGAAAUUGUUUUGAGGGCUUCACGCAAGCGUACUCAGAAUAAAAGGCCACACUCUUCUCAGAAAACCCACAAGUCAGGAUGCAGAAAGUGGACGGUCAUAGCUAAUAUGGCGAGAUUUUUGUCAGUAUCUAUAACUAAGUUGUCUUUAAAGACACCAAAAGCUGCUGUGGAGAUCAAAGAGCUGGCCCUUGAUAUAUUUAAAGAUGGCUGUGGAUCCAAGCCAAGUUCAACUGUGAAGUUGAAUCUGGUGCCUGUUCUUGUAUACCUGGGUGAUACACAGGUCAACUCUAGUCAGGCAUCAUUGUGUGCUGGAUAUGCUCCUUCCAAGACAUUAGUAGCUUCUUCAGAGAAGACAUCUGCUCCUUUUAAAUGUGAAGAAUUUUCUCUCUCGUGUCAAUUUGGUCUUGAUAGGGAAGCUGGUAUGGCAGUUAACAGUGUAGAUAUCAGAAGUGGAGAUGUUUCUUUAUGCCUAAAUGAGGAGCUAAUAUUUAAAAAGAGAAGUGCAACGGAUGCCUUUUCCCAGGCUGAGAAUGUUGUAAAAGUGACCAAUGAGUCUGUGUCUACUGAACAACCACAGAAAAAGACUGCUGCAAUGGCUAUCGAGAAAUAUGCUUCUAUGUUUCCAGAAAAGCUUAGCUUCACUCUACCUAAACUGGAUGUGAAAUUUGAGCACUGGGGAGAGAGUCUACUGGUGGAUAAUAAGAUCAUAGGCAUUCAAUUGAAGGGCUCAAAAUCACAGUUAACUGACGGUGUGGGGAAAAGUACUCGACUUGAUUUACAGAUGGAAUUCAGCGAGAUCCAUCUCUUCAGAGAGGCAGGCAUUUCUCUUCUGGAGAUCAUAAAACUGGAUAUUAUCUCUUCCGUUCAUAUCCCAAUUGAGCCAACCUUGCCUGUUAGGACUGAAACUGAUAUUAAGCUAGGAGGAGUUCAGAGCAAUCUGAUAACAAGUAGAUUAACUCCAUGGGUGCGUCUUCAUUCUUCAAAGAAGAAGAAAGUGGUCCACCGGGAAGGGAGCUCAAGUUCUGAAAAACCAAAAACAUCUAGAAAUAAAUCCAUUAUGUGGGCAUGCAGUUUUACUGCCCCAGAGAUGACCAUUCUGCUUUAUGAUCUGACUUGCUCACCGCUGUAUCAUGGUUGCUUGCUGUUAUCACGUAUUUCAGCCAACAACACAGCAAGCUCUGGCAUGGUAGCACAUGUUGAACUUGGUGAAUUCAAUCUACGCAUGUCUGAUGAGCAUCAAGAAUGCUUAAAGGAAACCCUAUUUGGAGUGGAAACAGAUGUGAGCUCAUUAAUACAUGCAGGAAAGGUUAGGGUAGAUUGGGGAAGGAAGGAUACAGAUUCUUCAGAAGAUGUGGUGAAGCGCAAUGUGGGUCUCCAUGUUGAUGUAACAGGCAUGGGUAUGUUAAUGACCUUAAGGCGCCUUGAAUCACUUGUAGCAACAGCUUUCUCCUUCAAAUCUUUAUUAAAGAGUUUUUCUACUUCUGGUAAGAAGAAACCAGGACCAGAUAUUCAGGGUUCAAAAACAUCCAAGCCACCCGGAAAGGGGAUUCAGUUCAUAAAAUUUAAUCUUGAAAGAUGUUCUUUAAAAUUCUGUGGAGACGUGGGCUUAGAAAAUGCUGUUGUUGCAGACCCCAAACGUGUAAAUUAUGGAUCUCAAGGGGGUCGAAUCUUAAUUACUGACUCUGCUGAUGGUACUCCCAGGUCUGCAAGUAUAACAUCUACUGCCCCAAACGACUUGAAUAAGUUGAAGUAUGAUGUUUGCCUUGAUGUUUCCAAUUUGAGCCUUUCCACAAACAAGGAGAAACAGUCUGUGCAAAUGGAGCUUAAGAGUGCCACAUCCAUGUAUCAAGAACACUUGGAAGGAAAUAACCUUGCAACUAAAGUAACAUUGCUUGACAUGCGAAAUGCAAAGUUCGUUAGGAGAUCUGGUGGUCUUAAAGAGAUUUCUAUUUGUUCUCUCUUCAGUGCUACUGAUGUAUCUAUGAGAUGGGAACCUGAUAUUCACAUAGCAUUAUUUGAAUUGGGGCUGCGGUUGAAGUUACUUAUGCAGAAUCAUAAGGCUAAGGAACCUCAUAAAGAAGACACUGAGCCAAAGGAUUCCUCUGCUCCAGAAGCACAAAAACUUGAUAAACAGCCAAAGAAAAGAGAAAACAUUUUUGCAAUUGAUGUUGAAACACUUAAUAUAUCUGCUGAAGCAGGGGAUGGGGUUGAAACUACCAUCCUGGUAAAGUCUAUAUUUUCUGAAAAUGCAAGGAUAGGCUUACUUCUUGAAGGAUUCAUUCUUCAUUUUAAUAAUGCAAGAAUACUUAGAAGCAGCAGGAUGCAAAUUUCAAGGAUCCCUAAUUCCUCCUCCAACAGUGUGUCAAAUGCUAAAGCAGGAGGAUUCACCACAUGGGAUUGGGUGAUCCAAGCCCUAGAUGUUCACAUAUUUGUGCCAUACAGGUUGGAGUUGCGUGCCAUUGAUGAUUCUAUUGAGGAAAUGAUUCGAGCUCUUAAGCUUGUUACUUCCGCAAAAACUAAACUCAUGUUUCCAAACAAGGAAGCGAAACCAAAACCCCCCAAAAAAACCAGUUCAUCCAAAAUUGGGCGUGUAAGAAUUUGCAUACGUAAACUAUCAGCGGAACUUGAAGAAGAACCAGUACAAGGUUGGCUUGAUGAGCAUUACCACUUGAUGAAGAACGGGGCUCGUGAAUUAGCUGUCCGUAUGAACUUCCUCGAAAAACUUGCCUUAAAAAGUGUCCAAUCUCCUAGUGUUGCUGACCAGAGUGAUUCUGUUCUUGAUCAAAAGAUUCAUUUAAACGGGGAGGAGAUUGAUUUGCAAAACUCAGCUAUCCAAAAACUGCAAGAGGAAAUGUAUAAGCAGACAUUCCGGUCAUACUAUCAGGCAUGCCAAAACCUUGAUCCUUCACUAGGAUCAGGGGCUUGCCGAGAAGGGUUUCAAUCUGGUUUCAGGCCUAGUGCUGCCAGAAUUUCACUUUUCUCUCUGUGUGCCACUGAAUUAGAUGUAAGCUUGACAAGAAUCGAAGGAGGCGAUGCUGGAAUGAUAGAGCUCCUCCAGAAGCUUGAUCCUGUAUGUCGUGCACAUAACAUCCCAUUCUCUCGAUUGUAUGGCAGUAAUAUCAAUUUACAGACAGGUUCCCUUUCUGUGCGGAUAAGAAACUACACUUGUCCAUUAUUUUCUGCAACUUCUGGCAGAUGUGAAGGCCGUCUUGUGAUGGCUCAGCAGGCAACGUGCUUUCAACCCCAAGUUCGCCAAAAUGUCUACAUUGGGAGGUGGAGGAAGGUCUCUUUGCUUCGGUCAGCUAGUGGCACAACUCCACCAAUGAAAACAUAUUCAGAUUUGCCUUUACAUUUUCAAAAAGCAGAAAUUUCCUAUGGAGUUGGUUUUGAACCAUCAUUUACUGAUAUCAGCUACGUUUUCUCCGUGGCUCUUCGCAGAGCCAAUUUAAGUAUUAGGAACCCAAAUCCUGAUCCUCCUCCGCCUAAAAAGGAAAAGAGCUUGCCAUGGUGGGAUGAAAUGAGAAACUAUAUUCAUGGAAAAACAUCUAUAUAUUUUGCUGAGACCAGAUGGAAUAUUCUUGCUACUAGUGAUCCCUAUGAAGAGUCUGACAAGCUCCUGGUCUUAUCUGGUAAUAUGGAAUUGAAACAAGCUGAUGGUUGCAUUAAUGCUUCAGUGAAGGAUUUCAAGAUUUUGUUAAGCAGUUUGGAGAGAUUUAUUAAAAACUCCAAUUUAAAUUUUCCAGUUGGAUCUUCUUGUACUUUCCUAGAGGCUCCAGACUUUAGUGUUGAGGUAACUAUGGAAUGGGAAUGUGAUUCUGGAAAUCCCCUUAAUCAUUACUUAUUUGCACUUCCAGCUGAAGGUGUUCCUCGUGAAAAGGUUUAUGAUCCCUUUAGAUCAACUGCUCUGACACUUUCCUGGAAUGUGCUGCUUAGGCCCUCCUGUCAUAGUCAAUCGGAUCCUGGAUGUGAUUCACUUAAUUCACCAACAAUUAAUGCUGGUCCUCAUGAUUUAGCCUGGCUAAUAAAAUUUUGGAACUUAAACUACCUCCCUCCUAAUAAAAUUAGGACCUUUUCUAGGUGGCCUCGUUUUGGAAUCCCUAGAAUUCCCAGGUCUGGGAAUCUGUCAUUAGACAAGGUAAUGACCGAAUUCAUGUUCAGGAUUGAUUCAACUCCUACUUGCAUAAGGUAUAUGACUCUAGAAGAUGAUGAUCCGGCUAAGGGGUUGACAUUUGAGUUAAAAAGACUGAAACUAGAAAUUUAUCUUGGUCGUGGACAGCAAAAGUUUACAUUUGAAAGUGUUCGCGAUCCUCUUGAUCUUGUUUAUCAGUGUGUGGACCUUCACAUGCCCAAGGUAUUCAUUCUUAAAGAAAAGUGCACUAGUGUUGCACAAAUUAUACAACUGACUAGGAAGGCUUCACAGUCGGCAUCCAUGAAGCAGAUUGGGAAUGACAAAAGUGAGAGUGAGAGUAUUAGUGGUAGCAAAGAGGGACAUCCUGAUGAUGGUUUUCUUUUAUCAUCUGAUUUCUUUACGAUCAAGAGACAAUCUCCUAGAGCUGAUCCAGAGAGAUUGUUGGCAUGGCAAGAAUCUUUUGGAAGAGAUCUUGAGAUGACAGAUGUUAGAUCUGAGUUUGAAAAUGGGAGUGAAAGUGAGGACCAUGCAAGAUCUGAGUUCACUGAUGGUGAUGGAUGCAAUGUAGUAAUUGCAGAUAAUUGUCAGCGGGUACUUGUUUAUGGUCUUAAACUUUUAUGGAAUCUAGAGAAUAGAGCUGCUGUUUUUUCAUUCGUUGUUGGAUUGGCUAAUGCUUUUGAACCUCCAAAACCAUCUCCUUCUCGGCAAUAUACUCAAAUGAAGUUGCUUGAGGAGAAGAGUAAGGUGGUUGAAAACCCUGAGACGUCUCUAGAUGAACUUCAAAAAUCUCCUCCUAGUCAAGAUGUGAGUUCAUCACCUCCACAAAAUGAAGGGACAUCAGAACCACAACUGCAGAGGUCUACCUCAAAUUCAGUCAAAGUGGAAAGUCCUAAUGCAACAGCAAAGCCUAAGACUAUUGAAGAGUCUGAUGGAGAGGGGACCCGUCAUUUCAUGGUGAAUGUCAUUGAGCCACAAUUUAAUCUUCACUCAGAAGAUGCAAAUGGCAGAUUUUUGCUUGCUGCUGCUAGUGGACGCGUGUUAGCCCGCUCAUUUCAUUCAGUUAUGCAUAUUGGUAGUGAGGUGAUUGAACAGUCACUUAGAGGAAAUGUUCAAAACUCAGAAUAUCUACCACAAUUGACAUGGAGCCGGAUGGAGUUCUCCAUGAUGUUAGAGCAUGUGCAGGCUCACGUUGCUCCAACUGAUGUAGAUCUAGGGGCUGGAGUACAAUGGCUUCCUAGAAUUUCUAAAAGCUCACCAAAAGUGAAAAGAACAGGAGCUUUACUGGAACAAGUUUUCAUGCCUUGUGAUAUGUUUUUUCGUUAUACCAGGCAUAAAGCUGGCUCGCCAGACUUGAAGGUGAAGCCCUUGAAAGAGCUUUCUUUUAAUUCUCAAAAUAUAACUGCAACAAUGACAUCUCGGCAAUUUCAAGUUAUGACAGAUGUGUUAACCAACCUCCUCCUUGCUAGGGCUCCAAAGGCCCGGAAAGCUAGUCUGUCCUAUCCAGUUGAGGAUGAUGAUGUUGAAGAGGAGGCAGAUGAAGUUGUUCCUUAUGGUGUUGAAGAGGUAGAAUUAGCAAAAAUCAACCUUGAACAAGAAGAACGUGCUGUGAUGUUAAUCCUGGAUGACAUUAGGAAAUUGUCUAUUCAAAAUGACGUAUGUGCUGAAGAAUGCUUGGAGAAGGAAUUUGAACCAUGGAUGGUAACUAGUGGAAGAUCCAUACUGGUGAAAAAACUAAAGGAAGAGCUAGCAAGUGCCAAAAAAUCUAGAAAAGCUGCAUAUGCUUCUCUGAGGACAGCCCUGCAGAAGGCUGCACAGAUACGAUUGAUGGAGAAAGAAAAAAAUAGAAGCCCUUCACAUGCUAUGCGCAUUUAUUUGAAAAUUAAUAAAGUUGCCUGGAGCAUGCUUAUAGAUGGAAAGCCAUUUGCAGAAGCUGAGAUAAAUGAGAUGAUUUACGAUUUUGACAGGGAUUACAAAGAUGUUGGUGUUGCAAAAUUCACAAUAAAAUUCUUUGUCAUAAGAAACUGUCUGCCCAAUGCCAAGUGUGACAUGGUUCUUUCAGCCUGGAAUCCUCCUCCUGAAUGGGGAAAAAAAGUGAUGCUUCAUGUUGAUGCGAAACAGGCCCCCCCAAAAGAUGGACACUCUCCUAUUGAACUCUUCCAGGUUGAGAUCUACCCUUUGAAGAUACAUUUGGCUGAGACAAUGUACAAAAUGAUGUGGGAGUACCUUUUUCCAGAAGAAGAACAAGACUCCCACCGACGGCAGGAAGUCUGGAAAGUUUCGACUAGUGCUGGUUUAAGACGUGGAAAGAAAGGCUCACCAGCACUUGAAGCUCCAGCGGCCACCAGCCCCUUAACUAAAGAAUCUCAUAGCUCUUCCAAAGCAAGCACCCCCUCGGUACCACAACCUUCCUUCGCAGAUUCAUCUGAUGGACCCAAGUUACGAAGGACAGCUUCCUUUGAUAGAACAUGGGAAGAAAAUGUUGCGGAAUCAAUUGCUAAUGAACUUGUAUCCAAAGUUCAAUCUUCAGGCACCUCUACGUCAAAGGGCAGUUUGGAGCUUCCAGAUGACACUGUUAAAAUUAAAUCAAAAGAUUCCAAACUUGUUAAAUCUGGGCGUGAGGAGAAAAAGGCAGUGAAAGCAAAUGAUGAAAAAAGGCCCCGAAGAAUGAGAGAGUUCCAGAACAUUAAGAUCAGUCAGGUAGAGCUGUCAGUGACAUAUGAAGGAUCCAGAUUUGCAGUAAGUGAUCUAAGAUUGCUGAUGGACACAUUUCAUUGUGCUGAGUUUACCGGAACCUGGGGGAGGCUAUUCUCACGAGUUAAGAAACACAUCAUAUGGGGAAUAUUGAAAUCCGUCACCGGGAUGCAGAUUAAGAAGUUCAAAAUAGGUAAAGACCACAGCCAAAAGGACAGUGGUGGCAAUGGUCCUGCCAUAGAGCACAACCACAGCGAUAGCGAUGGAGGUUUAACUGCCGGGACAUCGGAGCAGCACCCACUGUCCUGGCCGAAGCGCCCCAGUGAUGGGGCAGGGGAUGGAUUCGUAACCUCUGUGAGAGGCCUUUUUAGUUCUCACCGCCGUAAGGCAAAGAACCUUGUGCUUCGAACAAUGAGGGGGGAAGCAGAAAAUGAUUUGCAUGGUGGAGAGUGGAGUGAAAGUGAGGCAGAGUUCUCUCCUUUGGCUAGACAACUAUCUGGUUCAAAGGCCCGGAAAUUGAUCCGGCGGUACACCAAGAAGUUUAACCCCAAACUGCAUAAAGGUUCAUCGACUGUGGACGGAGAAUCAAUUCCCUCAUCACCACACGAUGCAAUGUACGACAGUGAUGCUUCAAGUGAAUCCUCGCCAUGCGAGGAUUACCGCGAAUUGGAAUAGGGAAUUUGAGUAAAAUUAGUAGCAUGUUGUUGGUGAGUAGUCAUAUGGAGCCAAACAGAGUCCAAUAUAGAGUUCGAUGGCUUAUGUGGUCGAUACUCGAUAGGCCUAAUCACCGUUCACUCAUUUCUAAUUUUUGUACUAUAUAGGCCCCUUUAAAAAAAUGGUGAUUCUAAUGUCACAUAAGCCAUCGGGGGCUCCCUAAAGGAAUAAUGUGUGAUUCCUUGAAAUUUUGGUGUUGUUGAUAAAUGAUAACAAACGAUUUGGAAAGAUGCAAAUGCCCAGUAGAGGUCGAUAUAUAUGCGCUAUAGAUUUAGC